AACCGCGCUUUUUUUAAGCAAGCGUCGCAGCGAACAGAAAAGAGAAGCGAAAAAAUAAAAUUGAACUCGAUAGAACAAUGGAAUUGCAGAGAGGAAUUGCAUUACUAAACCAGCAAUUCAAAUCACUGUUUUACAAGAACAUAAUACUAUCAUGGAGAAACAAGAGAGCAACGGUUAUUCAACUGUUCUCGUCGUUGUUUUUCAUUUUUCUGUUGUUUGGCAUCGACAGAGCGACCGUCGCUACAUCUUCCGACACGACCGAGUUCAAAACGAUUCUGAGCCCUGACGCUCUUGUAUCGCCGCCAAUUCCUGAUUGUAACGAUAAGUUUUAUAUCAAGAAACCGUGUUUUGACUUUGUUUGGAGUGGAAACGACAGCGUUAGACUCACUCGUCUUGUUACUUCUAUCAUGAAUAAUAAUCCUGGCAGGGUAAUUCCGUCGCAUAAGGUUAAAUCAUUCAGAACAACCGAUGAUGUGGACGUUUGGCUUUUGAAUAAUCCUAUGCAAUGCCCAGGAGCUCUUCAUUUCAAAGAAAUAAAUGCUACUAUAAUUAGCUAUGGUAUCCAGACUAAUUCCACCCAAACAAGAGAUCGUGGUCAUUUUGAAGAUCCUGUUUUCAAAUUCCAAAUCCCUCUUCAGAUUGCAGCUGAACGUGAAAUUGCUCGCUCGGUUAUCGGAGAUGCAAACUUUAGCUGGGUUGUUGGACUCAAGGAAUACGCACACCCUGCAGAAGACAACUUCUCUACACUGGGUACAGUAGGACCAGCUUUCUUUCUCGCGUUUGUCAUGUUUGGUUUUGUUAUGCAAAUUGGAAAUUUGGUGGCAGAGAAAGAGCUCAAACUUCGCCAGGCAAUGAAUUUAACAGGUCUUUAUGACUCUGUGUAUUGGUUGUCCUGGAUCACAUGGGAGGGAAUACUUGCGCUAAUUUCAUCACUUCUCCUCAUUCUUUUUGGAAUGAUGUUUCAGUUUGAUUUUUUCAAGAAAAACAAUUUUGCUGUUCUGUUUCUUGCCUUCUUUCUCUUCCAGCUCAAUAUGGUUAGUUUUGCCUUCAUGUUGUCAACCUUUAUUAGCAAGUCAUCUUCAGCCACAACAGUUGGUUUCUCUGUAUUUAUUGUUGGCUUUUUUACUCAGGUUGCAACUAUAGCUGGAUUCCCUUACGAUUUGGAUGUUUCUACAAUUAUUCAAAAUAUUUGGUCAUUAUUCCCACCCAAUCUAUUUGCAAUAGCUGUGGAUUCACUUUCCGAGGCAACCAACACCCCUGAAGAUGUUGGGAUUAGCUGGAGUAGAAGGAAAGAAUGUGUAUCAGAAGCCAGUGGUACAGACAAGUGUGUGAUGUCAAUUAAUGAUGUUUACAUAUGGCUUGUGGCUACAUUCUUUUUCUGGUUUGUUUUGGCAAUCUACUUUGAUAAUAUAUUCCCAAAUGCAAACGGUGUGAGAAAAUCCCUAUUUUACUUCUUAAAGCCUGGAUAUUGGACAGGGAAAGGUGGAAAUAAGAGUGAAGAGGGUAGCAUUUGUAGCUGCAUGGGUUCUGUCCCACAACAAGAUCAUAUUUCUCCAGAAGAUGAGGACGUCCUUGAAGAGGAAAAUACUGUAAAACAGGAUGCAAGAGAAGUCACAGCCAAUCCAAAUGUUGCUGUUCAGGUACGUGGACUUAUGAAGACAUAUGCUGGGACGACAAAGAUUGGUUGUUGUAAAUGCAAGAAGACUUCACCUUACCAUGCUCUCAAGGGCUUAUGGAUGAACUUUGCAAAGGAUCAGUUAUUCUGUCUCCUUGGACCAAAUGGUGCUGGAAAGACUACAGCAAUCAACUGUUUAACUGGAAUCACACCAGUGACUAGUGGAGAUGCUCUGAUAUAUGGAAAUUCUGUUCGAAGUUCUGUUGGUAUGUCAAACAUUCGAAGAAUCAUAGGAGUUUGCCCUCAGUUUGACGUCCUUUGGGAUGCAUUGUCUGGCGAAGAGCACCUCCAUCUCUUUGCUAAUAUUAAAGGCCUACCCCAAUCUUUAAUUGGUUCGGUUGUUGAGGAGUCAUUAGCAAAGGUGCGUCUCACUGAGGCAGCUCGAGUGAGAACCAGGAGUUACAGUGGAGGAAUGAGACGCCGGCUCAGUGUUGCAAUAGCCCUUAUUGGGGACCCAAAGUUGGUCAUUCUUGAUGAACCGACUACCGGGAUGGAUCCAAUAUCUAGAAGGCAUGUCUGGGAUAUAAUACAGAAUGCAAAGAAAGGUCGUUCCAUUGUUCUAACUACACAUUCAAUGGAAGAAGCUGACAUUCUAAGUGAUCGAAUAGGAAUUAUGGCUAAGGGUAGACUUCGAUGCAUUGGAACCUCAAUAAGAUUGAAAUCGAGAUUUGGGACUGGUUUUGUCACUAAUGUGAGUUUUAUUGAAAGCGCUACUGGACGUUCUCCUGUAAACGGAAUCGUACAUCCUGAAAAUCAUCACGAGGACGUAAAGCAGUUCUUCAAGAAUCAUUUAGAUGUAACGCCAGUGGAGGAGACGAAGUCCUUCUUGACUUUUGUCAUUCCUCAUGAUAGGGAGAGGCUUUUAAGGAAUUUUUUUGCGGAUCUUCAAGAUAAACAGUUACAAUUUGGCAUAGCAGACAUCCAGAUUGGUCUUACCACGCUAGAAGAAGUUUUUUUAAAUAUUGCAAGGCAAGCAGAGCUGGAAAGUGCGGCCGCUGAGGGGAGGUCCGUGACUUUGACCUUAACAUCUGGACCUUCAGUUCAGAUACCAGUUGGAGCUAGAUUUGUUGGGAUUCCAGGAACAGAAUCUCCAGAAAAUCCUAGAGGUAUCAUGGUUGAAGUUUACUGGGAGCAAGAUGAUACUGGUACUCUCUGCAUUUCUGGUCACUCAGCUGAAAUGCCAAUACCCCCUAAUGUUCGACCAUUGAUUUCUGCACCACCAACUUCCAAUAGAAACUUCCUAGGCCGGAGGAGAGGACCAGUUAAUGGAAUUGUGAUAGAUCCGAAUCAGACCAAUGGUACUAGUUCUUAAAUUACAGUUCCUUAUAAACUUUAUUUAUCCUUUUAUUCUGCACAUCCGAAUCACAUUUGUUUCUCUAUUUUCUCCCCUGCAUUGUACAGUACUUGAAUAGUUCAAAAUAUAUCUUUAAAUAUAUUGUUUAUUUUUAUCUUCAA